UCAACGUCUCUUCACUCGCAAUCUGUGCGGCCAUUUUAUUGCCACCAUUUACUAUCGUUUCCCCCUAACCAUAGCUGCCAUCGCAACCAAAAUAUAGGAGACAAUCUCAACACCGUCUCUACCAAGAAAUAUAGAGCAACAAAUAUUAUCAUAAUAUACAAAUAAUUUUCAUGCCACAAUUCCAGUCGACGUAUGCAUGCCUGAUCAGCUGCUAGCUGUCUAGCUAGUACGCUACACCGCCAUUACUAGCUAGCUACUGACGAUUUCUCAUGGCUACUGCCUACUUGAAAAGUCAGCGUUUCAUCUCUUCGGGCUGGUUGAUUCAACAAGAGUUCUUCUUACAACAAUUGCUUCGCUUAACCUGUGAAAGCAAUGACAAUUGCAUUAAUGAAGAAAGGCUCAUCAUAGACCAAGUGUUGGCCCAUUACUGUGCAUAUUACGUAGCCAAAUCAAAAGUUACACAGGAGAACGUUUUCCUAGUGUUAUCCCCUACUUGGUUCACACCCUUGGAGCGAACGUAUCUGUGGAUAGCAGGGUUUCGACCAGGACUAGCAUUUAGACUGGUGAACAAGAAUGUCUUGGACUUGUCGCGGAAUCAGUCUCUGAUGCUGAAUGAGUUAUUGGAGGAGAUUAAGGUCGAGGAGAAACAACUUACUGAUGAAUUCACCAGGGUUCAACAAACCAUGGCAUUAGAAACAAUGAUUUUGCUACUGAGGGAGGAGGGGCUACUGGAGAACGGGAGGUUGACAGAACCAAAUAGGGCAAUUGAUAGGUUGAGGUUGGCAAUGGAGACACUAGUUGAAUGUGCAGAUUAUCUGAGGGGGAAGACUGUAUUGAGGAUUGUGGAUAUCCUAAGUGCAACUCAAACCGUGAGAUUCUUGGCUGCUGCUACCCAGCUUCAUCUCAGGAUUCGAAGUUUGGCCCUGCAAAGUGAAGCUAAUUAGCAUCGUAUGUAAUCCUUGUUUAUGAGCUGAUAACAUGCUAUUAAAUAAUUGUGCGUUAUUCGUGUUUUGUUGUAAGAUUAAACUACAAGAAAAAAAAAUACUACCAAAAAGAGUUGGUGGCGUCCAGUAUUGUUGGAAGUUUACUAGUAAUUAAUGAGGAAAUUAUU